CUCAGUAAUCACCUCAAAGACCUGCUGUCCCUCUGGUUUUCGGUCGGUUUUCUUAAUUUGGAGAGAAUUACGUGGAAUUCUCCCACAUCUAUGCUCCAGAAGAUCUCUGAGUACGAAGCCGUCCAUCCCAUGCGGUCCUGGGCUGACCUCAAGCGCCGUUUGGGUCCAUACCGGCGCUGUUUUGUCUUCUCUCACAGUUGCCUUCCCUGCGAGCCGUUAGUCAUACUUCACGUCGCCUUAACGCCAUCCAUUUCCUCCUCUAUUCAAUCAUAA